UGUCAUAGAGCAACUGGAGCGAAUUAAACACAGGAAUUUUUUGCGAAUUAGCUGUGGAACAAAUCCGUAUAGGAAAUGCAACAGGUGGGGUGGUCAAUUCUAGAGGUUUCAAGGAAAUAGCUGCCAAAUUUGCGGAGAGGACCACCAUCAGGCAUGAACCGAAGCAAUUCAGAAAUAGGUGGGAUCAAUGCAAGAAAUUAUAUGAAUUUUACGUUUUCGCGAUGAAACAAUCAGGAUUAGGUAGGAAAAAUAAUGGAGCCAUUUCAGCAAGUAAAGCCUGGUGGGAUAAAUACUGCAAGUAUCCAGAAUGCCGUAAAUUUAGCAAGUUUCUACCUCACUAUCUUGAGCUGCUGUAUGAGAUGUACCACAAAAAUGUAGUUGAUGGAUCAACUACAACCAUACCAGGAGAUGUGGAUGAAGAGAGGCAGGAGGUACCUGAAGAAGAGGACUUCCAAUUUGAUGUGGAUGACUACCCUGAACAGAGCCCUAUGAGCCCUAUGAGUAAUGGCAGCAAGAAAAGGAGUACCAGUACAGCUGAUACAGCAUCAAGCCCUCAAAAGAAGAGUAAAAGUCCUUUUUUCAAGAUGUUCAAGGGCCUCAUAGACACUAUGCAUGAGGGGAUCUCUGAAGAUAACACUACCAUGAGGGUGAAGAUGGAGUUGCAGUUGAAGCAGAGGGAAAUGGAACUGCAACAACAACUGAAGCAGAAGGAGCUGGAGUUGGAAUUUAGAAGGCAUUCUCAUGACAAAGAAGAAGAUGAGUACAAAGCAAGCCUUCUAUUGGCACAGGAGUGUGGAGCAUCAGAAGAGUCAGAAGAGUACUUUUUUGCUAUGGAGUUGUUUAGGGAUAGAUUUAACAGGGUAGCUUUUGGCACACUAUCGACAAAGGAACUUAGGUUCAAAUGGUUGCAAACUAAGUGUGGGAAGACCUUUGGUCGCCCAUGAAUUGUAGGCCACAUCAAGUAGCUGUCAUGUUGUGUUGCUAGUGAUGUUAGAACUUUUGUGUGAACUAUGAUUUGUGGUUUGUGUGGACAAUUUGUUGAGAACUAUGAAUCUGUCAUGUUGUGGUUGUAGUCAUAUUAGAGCUUUUAAUAAAUUGAUCUUGUGAUUUGUGGCUGUUUAGUUGA